AUGGCAGUGGUGGGUAAAAGUGUCAAAUUUACAUCGGAAAUAAACAAUCACCAGCGGUUACAACAACCUGAAGCGCAAGUCAAGUGCGAGUAUGUUUGUUACACGUGUUCGUGUGCUUACAAACACCUGCUCCCUGUCCCACAAGAACUCGACGGCAAACUUGUGCCGAUCGCUGCGGGCAGAGGCGCGUGUCGUCCACGCGUGAACCCAAAGGUGCACCCGCUCACCAACCGCACUGCUACGACCCAAUUGUACGUAGGGCCAGGGGACCCUAUAUCGCCCAGCAGUCAUGUGCCGACUCACCCCAUCAAUCUAGCAGCA